AUGAAUAAUAAUAAUAAUAAUAAUACAUAAAAUGUGGAAAAAGUCAUCAACAUAGAACAACUAAAAAUAUCACAAAAAUCAAAUAACACGGAUCUUAGAACAUCAAAAAAAAAUAUAGACAAAAAACAAAAUGAAGAUAAAGAUAACACUAACAAUAAAGAACAAAUAUAUACCUCAUAUAAAAAUUCAGAAUUUACCCCCGUAUAUUUUACACAUACAAAUAAAAAAAAUAAAUUUUUUAUAACAAUAAAAAAAUUUGAUAUAUAUUUUGAAAAUUUAAUAUAUAGUUUCUUAGAAUCUAUAAGUUAUAUUGAGGAAACUCCUGAUUAUGAAUUAUAUAAUAAUGAAAUAAAUCAAAGAAUGAAAGAAUAUUUAUUUAUUUUUGAACCUAUAGUUUUUGUUUUUAUUUCGGUUUGUUAUUUGGCAUCAGGAGCAUACAUUCUCUCUUUAAUAAUAUCCCUUAUAUGUUCUGUAAUUAUUAUAUAUAUUUUAAUAAAAAUUAGGAAAUAUGAUAAAGCACAUAAUAAUUUUUUUACCUUUUCAAAUAUGCUAAAAGAGUUCAUUCAAUUUAUAAAAGAUAUACCUAGAAAUAUAUUAAAUAUGGUAUUGUAUAUACCCAAAAAAUUUAUAAAGAUAAUAAAUUAUUUCAAAGGAUAA